UCCACCCACUUCGCUAGCUUAACACUAGUUGUGAUGUUAGCUUGUUUUCUUCUUGGACACUGCUAGCUCUUAUCCCACUGCUCUGGUAAUUGCCUCGACCCCCCCUCGGGAAACCAUGGCCGAACAGGCCUCGGGAUCCGCUCUGUCGUCCCAACAUGACGAGGUGCUCCAGCAGCGAGUGGCGGCUCUGGAGCAGGAGCGGGCCGAGUUCAUCAAACUCAAGCAGCAGCUGGAGGUCGAGUUCAACCAGAAACGAGCCAAGUUCAAAGAGCUCUACCUGUCCAAGGAAGAGGAGCUGAAGAGACAGACGGCGGCGCUGGAAGGCGCCCAGACCGAGCUGAGCUCCGUCCAGGUCCAGCUGUCUCAGGCCCGGGCCGAGAUAGAGACCAUCAAAGCCGUGGCCACCGUGUCGGAAAACACCAAGCAGGAAGCCAUCGACCAGGUCCGCAGCCAGUGGCAGGAGGAGGUGGCCUCGCUGCAGGCCAUCAUGAAAGAUACAGUGUGCGAGUAUGAGGUCCAGUUCCACCAGCGUCUGGAGCAGGAGCGAGGCCAGUGGAACCAGUACCGCGAGGCGGUGGAGAGGGAGCUUGGCGAACUGAGACGCCGCCUCACCGAGGGCCAGGAGGAGGAGAACCUGGAGGAUGAAAUGAAAAAAGCCCAGGAGGAUGCAGAGAAGCUGCGUUCAGUGGUGAUGCCCAUGGAGCAUGAGAUCGCAGCCCUGAAAGCCAAACUGACAACAGCCGAGGACCGGGUGAAGGAACUGGAGGCUUCUAAGGUCAAAGAGCUCAAUCAUGUUCUUGAGGCUGAGAAGUCGUGUCGUACGGACCUGGAGAUGUACGUGGCCGUGCUGAACACUCAGAAGUCUGUCCUGCAGGAAGAUGCAGAGAAACUACGGAAAGAGCUUCAUGAUGUCUGUCACAAGCUGGAGCUGGAGCGGCAGCAGCACAAUCAACUCAAACACACGUGGCAGAGAGCCAACGACCAGUUCCUGGAGUCUCAACGCCUCCUCAUGAGGGACAUGCAGAGGAUAGAGAGCGUGCUGUCGUCUGAGCAGCUCCGCCAGGUGGAGGAGAUGAAGAAGAAAGACCAGGAGGAAGAUGAAAAAGAGCGACUGAGCCAAGUGAAGGACCUGCACGAGGAUGAUGGAGGAGACAACACUGAGCCUUUGGAGGACUUAUUCCUCGGGCUGAGCGUUGAGGAGCCCCACGCCAACCUAAGCGCUCAUGGCUCUAUGCACUCCUUAGACGCUGAUGUGGUGGUAGGAGGCCCCAUGGACCCCUAUAAGGAAAACCUGCGUAGAGUUCAGUCGACAGACAGCCUCGGUUCCUCGCUGUCUGCUCAGCAGGGCCUCGGCGGCCAAAACCACAAAGCCAAGUCGGCCAGCCACUUGGACGAGUCAGACUUUGGGCCCUUAGUGGGGGCCGACUGUGGGGCCACAGACAGUAGUUUUGGUGAAACUUCGUCCAUAAGCUCUAUUAAGCUGACGGCGAGCCACUUCCUGCUGACUAAAGACCAGGAGAAGGCCAUUAAAGCCAUGACGCCCGAGCAGGAAGAGACGGCUUCGCUGCUGUCCAGCAUCUCUCACGCCCCCGACACCGCCUUCUUACCGCCUGUAGGCUACCGACUCGUCAGCGACAGCGAGUGGAACCUGCUGCAGCAAGAGGUGAAGAAUGCUGGCAGGAAGCUCGGCAGACGUUGUGAUAUGUGCUCCAACUAUGAGAAGCAGCUGCAGGCCAUCCAAGGACAAGAGGCUGAGACACGAGAUCAGGUGAAGAAACUGCAGGUGAUGCUUCGUCAGGCCAACGAUCAGCUGGAGAGGACGAUGACUGAGAAACAGAGUCUGGAAGAUUCAGUCAAAUUAGGCAACGAAGAAACUGCUGCUAAGGUGUCAGCCCUCAUUCAGAGAGUCCAGGAGUCAGAAACGCUGCUCAGCACACUACAACAGGCCUUCAGUGAAGCCAAGAGGAACACACAGGAGCAGAUGGUGGUGCUGGUGCAGUCGAGGGAGCAGGUGGCGGAUGAACUAAGCCGACUACAGAGAGACAACGAGAGCCUGCAGGGAAAACACAGACUGCACGUAGAACUGCAGCAACAAGAAGAUUUCCAGAUGCCCAAUACUGUGCAAGAACUACAACGCCUGGUGCUGCAGCUUCGUGAGGACAUGGUGGCGGUACGGACGUCUGCUGAUCACGUGGAGGAGAAGCUGAAGGCUGAGAUUCUGUUUCUGAAGGAGCAUAUCCAGGCGGAGCAGUGUCUGAAGGAGAACCUGGAGGAUACCCUGCAGCUGGAGAUUGAGGGCUGUAAGGAGGAGAUAGCAUCUUUCUCCAGUUUGAAGACGGAGCUAGAGAGAGUAAAAGCUGAGAAGGAGCAGUUGCAGAGCAGUCUAACAGAGAAGACUGAGACACUGGAGAGCAUCCAAGCCCUGAGGAUCAGACUGGAGCAGCAGCUUAAAGAGCUCACCACGGCAAAGAGUGCACUAGAGAGUCAGGUCUUUGAGGAGAAAGACAAAGCCCAGCGGCUGCAAACGGAGCUGGAUGUCAGUGAGCAGGUUCAGAAGGACUUCGUCAAACUUUCUCAGACUCUUCAGGUACAGCUGGAGCGAAUACGACAGGCGGACUCCUUGGAUCGAAUCAAAGUAAUCCUCAAUGACACCAACUUGACUGACAUCAACCAGCUACCAGAGACAUGAUGCCACUGAAUGAAAACUGCCUUCAGUUUCAUUCCCCUCUUUCUCUAUCACUGGCCCGAUAACGUUAUUGAUCUGACCCUCCCAAGCCCCUCCUCCCCUUAACCACUGUGGAAGAGUUUGGAGGGACAAGGACAGACAUGGCCUUUUUUGUGUACAUUAAGAGUCUUGGAACACACCAUGGAUAGAAUAAUGAAGAAGAACACUACUAAAAAAAAAAAAAAAUGUAAAUAACUAAAUGUCUGUCUAUGGACGGAGGGAACGCAAGUCCACCUUCCUGUGGGUCUGUUUAUGUCUUGUUUCUACUGUAGAUAUGACUGUCUGUAUUAGCUCAACCAAAAAGGUUAGUCAUCUUCUAAAGCACUUUUCAUCUGAAACAGGUAAAUAGAGAAAAAUUGGAUGCAUAACUUUUCUCCUUCUGUUCCCAAAGUAGUUGAUAAUCGCUUCCUCGUUCCACUCACUUCCUCUUUCCAUGUGUUUUUUUGUUUUUUUUCCCCUCACCCUCUGGCUAUUUUUCUGUGAUAUUUUCCACUUUGUCCUGGUCAUUUCACCCUGUUCCAUCUAUGACAAAGACACGAUGAAGGAAAUUCAUGGAAGAUACUUGCACAUAACUUACUGGGAUUAAAAAAAAAAAAAAAAGGAA